CUGCAUUUAGUCUUCAAGAAUCUUCAAGCAAGUGUCUGAAGAAGGGGGUUUACCCUGGCUGGUGGCUGUUUUCAUCUGUUGCUUCUGCUUGACCUUUUCUGAUUUAUCAUUCGUUUGUUUUGGCUUUCCCGUACUCCUGGAACAUACCAGCAUUUUCUUACUUGGCAGUGCUACCUGCUGAAAAAACUCUAUUAAGAUGGCAAGGGCUUGGCUUUGUUGAAGAAUAGCAGAAGACCUGGUAGCAGAUCUUCAGAGGAGUGGCAGAGAGCCAGCAUGAGCUACAGUGCCCAGCGGAUGGCUUUGGGCUGUAAGGAUGCAUGCAAAAAAGCUGAGAUAAUCAUGGCUUUCCUUGCUUUGGCAGUUCAACGUAUGCAUUUAAUUCAGAUGGACUCAGUCCAGCGUUGGAUGGAAGACUUGAAGCUCAUGACUGAUUGUGAAUGCAUGUGUAUUCUUCAGUCUAAACCAAUCAGCCUAGAAGAAGAUGCGCAUGGUGAAUGUCCCAUUUCAUCACAAUAUGGUGCCUGUGACAACUUGCAAUUGUUGCUGAAAAGAGCUUGGAUUAUAAGCACUGAGCUGACCAGGAUUGUUCAAAAACUGGAGAAGAAUAGAUGGCAGAGGGUUCACAGCAUGACAGUACGAGUCAAUUGUCAUGUCCGAUCAAUGAUCAAUGAAUAUAAUACAGUCACAAGGAAUUCUUGGGAAGAAAUGCAUCAGUAUGAAAAAAUGCUGGUGGAAAAGUGCUCAGAGCUCACCACAGUUACUGAAAGGUGCAUACAGAUUGAAGAUGAACAAAUAUUAAAGUCAAUGAAAUCUUGUAUUAAUGAUGCACUAACCACAGUGGCACAGUAUUUUGGCCAGUUGAUAGAACUAGCUCUAACACAUGAAAUAAAGAACUUGGUGAAGGAAAUAGAUUCAUCAGAUAACCUGUACUCUGUAGAAUCAGCUGUCAGCAACUUAUUCAGCCUCACGCAAGAAGGAUCUCAUUUGUGUCACAUCAUAGCAAAGGAAGGAGGCAUUGUUGCUUUGCUCAAGAUCUGCCGUCAAGAUUGCUUCAGGUGCCUAUAUCCUCAAAUACUCCGGACACUAGCCUCGGUAUGCUGUGUGGAAGAAGGAAUCCAACAGCUGGAAAAGGUUGAUGGAAUAUUAUGCUUGGCUGACAUUCUUACAAAUGAUACACACUCCCAAGCUACUCAUGCUGAAGCAGCAGCAGUAAUAGCUCAGAUCACAUCUCCUCAGCUCACUUUCACUCAGCAUCUCAACAGCUUUCUUGAGAACAUGGAAGAAAUUGUCACAGCACUUCUCAAACUGUGCCAAGAGGCUGCCUCUGGAGAAGUUUUCCUAUUGGCUUCAGCUGCAAUUGCCAACAUUACAUUUUUGGACUCAAAGGCCUGUGAGAUGUUGCUUCAGCUGGAUGCGAUGAAUAUUCUUAUUGCAGCUUGUUCUGACAAACAGAAAGUAGAUAGUCCCUAUUCUCGAGAUCAGAUUGUAACAGUAUUAGCAAAUCUGUCUGUCCUGGACCAAUGUGCUUCAGAAAUAAUCCAACAAAAUGGUGUUCAUGUUUUAAUGGAAAUGCUCUUUGAAAAAUCAUCAUUUGAGAAUUCACCAGAAAGAGCUGCUUGUGAGCGAGUUCAGCAAAAAGCCGCAGUGACGCUUGCCCGGCUGAGCCGUGAUCCUGAAGUAGCACAUUCAGCCAUAAAACUCAACUGUAUUCCACGUCUCAUCCAGCUUUGCAGGUCUCCAGGUGAAAGAAAUAACAGUGAUUCUGUUCUUGUUGCUUGUCUGGCAGCUUUACGACGGUUAGCUGUUAUGAGCCCUGAUGGUCUUCAAGAGUCAGAUUUCCAGCAGUUGGUGAAACCCAGGCUUGUGGAUUCCUUCCUGCUUUGUACCAAUAUGGAAGAGAGCUUUGUGUAAACGAACAGAAAUGUAUCAUUAAUGUUAUUCAUGACUGUGUACUUAAUUGGUUAUUUAUGAUUAAUUUAUUACAAGAACUUAUCAACUAACACAGAAAAGAAUGCCAUGUCUCUGAUCCCUAUGAGCCACUGACACCACUUCUUCUAGGUUUGCAUAGCAUUACACAGAGUGGGAGAUGGGUCACUACUGUACUUCCACAGCCAUUUCCCACUCAUGAUUUGAUAUCAGUCCUCAGUGACUUACUUUUGGAGUGGAAACAGCAGUUGUAUUAAUAGAUGGAAGGCAGUAGUAAUGGGCAGGGAUGGACAAUCCACAGCCAUGGGGUUACAAGCAGCCUUCCCACUUCUUUUUUACAACUUUAGGGACCUUGCCAAUUGUGGAAAAUUGUUGGAAGGUUUUUAGAGAAAUCAGAAGAAAACUGAUAUAUGAACAAGGGAUAGUUUCACAUAGCAUGGUGGAAAGUGGCACAUUAUACCAUGAAUUCCGUUGAGUUUCUUCAAGUAGAAUAUUAUUCUAGAAUUAAUCCAAAUAUUUAAAUACAAACAACAAAGAAAAGAGUGUAACUGUAUGGAUUUUUUUUUUUUUUGGCUGAAUUAGCAAACUCACGUGGAAAUGGGACCAAACCAAGCAAGCAGUUGGAGACACAAAAAACUAACUGGAAUCAAAUGGACAGAUUUGCUAACUACUAGUACUAUAUACAGUAGUAGAUAAACUGUUAUGAAGGGCAAAAUAACUCUUACCACAGGUCUUCAGUCCAGUAUGCUAUUUCCCAGAGCAGCCAAGUGCUUUUGUGUGAUGGCACUGGUAGGGAAGAAUGGAUGAUGAUCUUCCUCUCAACUUCUCAACUCACAGAGGCUUUUCCUUUCACAGAAUUUGGUACGCAUACAUCUUCUCCUGAAACUGUCACAUGUAUUGAUGGGAAGAAAUUGGAGUAGACAAAGUUUUAGAAGAAAAUUUCUCUACAUAUAUACACAUAUAUAUUACUCCUUGACUCAGAGUUCAGCAUUACAAGAUUCCCUUUCAUUCUUUUUUUAAAACAUGAGUUUAUAUGAAUGACUUUUUAUUAGUAGCUUGAUUUCAGGCAAUCACAUAGCAGCAUAUCUAAUAUUUAUACUUAUGGUUUGAUAUUUGAACUAAAGCAAAUUAUUGUCUGAUUAAUAUGUUUGGGGAAAACUUAGGUAUGAUUUUUAAAAGAACAGCUUUAGAUAAUCGCAGCGCAGGUUGAUUUAUCCAAAUAAUUUAAUCUUAAUGAUUAAAGGGAAACCAAAAAUGUAUGGGCAAAAUUCUGCUCUUACCUAAGCCAGUGGCAACAUUUAAUGGUUAAAAUUGGACAGUUUUAUAUUCAGAGUUUAAUUUUAUAGUAGCAAAUAUAAGCCUUGAUCUAAAAGACAAGAGUCAAGCUAUGCAUAUCCAGUUGUGAUAGUUUUCCUAAUGAAUAAGGGCUGUUGGACCACAUGAAUGAAACUGAAAGUUUCCUCCAAGGUCUCCCCUGGCCUUGUUGACUUUGGUGGAAUUGCCAGGCAACUUCAGUUAAGAAUCUCACGGCCAACCCACAGCUUGUAUUCAGCACGGCUGAGGAUGAGUGGAACUGAAGCAUGAAGAGGAGUGUUACUGCAAGCUCAGCGCUUCAAAGGCUUGUGGCAAAGUGCCAGGCACCUAGUUAAGCUCUUGUUUCCUGAGGUACUUUUUUGCCAGAAACAGCCUUAUCUCUGAUUUCUUGUCAGGUUAUUGGAAUCACGUUAAAUAUAUAUUUAAUCACCGAACAAGCCUGCAAGCAUUUACACACCAUGAUAUAAAGUAAAUGGUUGAAAACUACUUUUUUUUUUUUGUCCUAGCAUUUAUUUAUAUUUGGU